CAUUGAUCAAAAUUAGUGGACAAGCAAGAAUUUGCAAGUCAGCUGUUGCAGACGAAUGUUGGCUGUAGAUUUUAAUUAAAGGAUGUCAAAGUCUAAACUGAUUAUUGUCAGGAUACAGUCAGCAGAACAUGGGACAAAGAGAAUUGAAGCCAAGCCUUCAGAAAUAGUGGCAGAUUUCUUGAACAAGGUACAGGAGGAGUUUGGAUUAGGUGAUACUGGAUGGGGUGUCUACAAGACGCGUGAUAAGAAAGAAUGGAUUAGAACAUCAAGGGCAAAAACUCUUGAUACUUACAAAAUUAAACAUGGAGACAUGUUGUUUUUGCUCUCCUCAGACCGUAAACCGAGUAAUGCCAGCUUAAACAGUAUGAGUAGUGGGUCUGGGGCCUCAAACAUCACAGGAGUUAUGGGUUCUGUUAGUAUAUCUGGCUCCUCAGCAUCCUCAGGCACCUCACAAACCGUAGUUGAAGAUGAAGUAGAUCAGCUUCUAUACAAAGAAGAUGGCAAAAUUUACAGGAAGAGGAAUGAACAGCUAUGUCGUCAUGGACCUCAAGGAAAAUGCCUGCACUGUGUUCCUUUAGAGCCCUAUGACGAAGAAUUCCUUAACAGCUGUGACCCUCCAAUAAAAUUUUUAUCCUUUCAUUCAUACAUCAGAAAAUUGACAAGUGGUGUUGAUAAAGGAAAGUUUGUGUCGUUGGAGAAUCUGAGUUGUAAGAUUAAGCCUGGUUGCAAAGAACAUCCACCCUGGCCAGGAGGUAUAUGUACCAAGUGUCAACCUAAUGCAGUAACACUUAACAGACAGAGGUACAGACAUGUAGAUUAUGUAAUGUUUGAGAACGCCUCAAUAGUUGACCGAUUUUUAAACUAUUGGAGAAGAACAGGAAGUCAGCGACUAGGAAUUAUGUAUGGACGAUAUGAACCUCAUAAAGAUACUCCUCUGGGUAUCAAAGCUACAGUAUCUGCUAUCUAUGAACCCCCACAGAAAAGUAGCAAAAAUAUGUUAGAGCUGUUGGAGGAUCCUGUAGAAGAGCAGGUUAACAGAGUAGCUGAUGCUCUCGGUAUUCGUCCAGUGGGCUGGAUAUUUACAGAUCUACUCGCUGAGGAUCUAAACAAAGGCACUGUCAAACAUUUCAGAGGAAACAUUAAUUCCUUUUUUCUGAGUGCCCAAGAAUGCAUCAUGGCUGCUGAUUUUCAAAAUAAGUAUACCAAUCCGUGUAAACUCUCACCUGAUGGACACUUUGGAUCCAAGUUUGUAACAGUUGUAGUCACAGGUGAUUCCUCCAACCAGAUCCAUUUUGAGGGCUAUCAGGUGUCAAACCAGUGUAUGGCUUUGGUGAAUGAUGACUGUCUAAUACCAACUAAGGAUGCCCCAGAGCUGGGGUAUAUCAAAGAAUCUACAGAAAAACAAUAUGUUCCAGAUGUAUUUUACAAGGUCAAGGACACUUAUGGUAAUGAGGUCACACAGUUGGCUAGACCAUUGCCAGUGGAAUACCUUCUGGUGGACAUGCCAGCAGCUUUUCCACUUUCUGCUCAGUACACAUUUAAAGCUCACCUGCACACAGAAGCCAAGAUGUUUGCUGUGGAAAAUAGACAGACAAUUGGAGAAACACAGGACUAUACCUCCCUCUCUACCUAUCUACAACAGUUUCCUCCAGACCGGUUCUUAGAAGCAGUGUCAGACUUCCAUCUUCUUAUUUUCCUUGCUACAUCAGAGAUGAUUCCACUGAAGGACACUUCAGCAGUGUUAUUAGAGGCAGUGAAAGCAAAUGAUCUAGACAAAGCAUUUCAAUUCAAGAAGAGUCAAGAGUGGGCAACUGUGGAAGAAAUCAUGGCUGCUCAUGAAUCCUCACCCAGGGUACACAGAGAGACCUCAUAUGUGGGUCCAGGAGCCUCUCCACUGCCCCCAAUAGGAUCUGGACCAGGGGCUGGAUUAUGGACCUGUGCCCAUUGUACCUACCUUAAUACACCAGAGAAAAAUGCAUGUGACAUGUGCUCAUUACCCAAGUGAUUCAAUAAGUGUCUCUUGUUUAGUAUUGUAUGGCAACAGUUUGAAGAUGCAAGUCCUGCUAAAUGCAAAUCAUUUCUAAUAAAAAUGGACAGUUUUCAAUGUAUUUAUGUAAAUCUGUUAAUAAGAUUUAUUUUCUAUUUGUAUUUAUUCUCAGGUAAGAAAACACAUUUACAAACAAGGAAAAUACAUGAUGUGUAUUUAUUAGUGGACAUGUAUUUAUUUUUGCACAUCUAUUUUUGUAGGCUUAAAAUUAAGACAAAAGACAAAAGGCUUCAAUUCUAGUGCUUAUACUUUUAUUGCUUUUUCUUUUUAUUUGAUAUGGAAUAAUAUGUCAAUAAUAUUAAAAAAAUAGUCUAUCUCCAGUGCAUUUUUCAUAAUAUUGAUUUCUACAAAAUAAAUAAAUUCUUAUUCCAGGAUAUAUGUAUCAUGAAAAUAAUAAAAAUAGCAAUUCCUGUGUUCUCAAAAACUAUUAGCAGUCAUUGAGGCAAUCCAGUUCUACAUUGAAUAAAUAAAUGACAUUUGGAAAUUAUUCAUUGUUUAAAUUAAUUGAUAUUAUGAGAAAGAAAACAUUCUUUGUACAUAAAUGUAAAUUAUUGCUGUCUUGAAAGUGAAAGUAGUAGAUUUGCAUGUUAUGAAAAUGAACAUCAAGUUGGUGCAUUUUGUUAAACAUUGAUAGAUGAUUCAGAGUGGAUAUGAAGAUGAAGUCAAUAAAUAUUUCAAUGGUUAUAAA